AAGCAACCGGCGCGUCCCCGCCCGGCGGUCAGCUGAUGGGCCGCCCGCGGGGGAGGCCGCGGCUCGAACAUGGCGGCCGAGAUCCACUCCAGGCCUCAGAGCAGCCGCCCGGUGCUGCUGAGCAAGAUAGAGGGCCACCAGGACGCCGUCACCGCCGCGCUUCUCAUCCCCAAGGAGGACGGCGUGAUCACCGCUAGCGAGGACAGAACCAUCCGAGUAUGGCUGAAAAGAGACAGCGGCCAGUACUGGCCCAGCAUCUACCACACAAUGGCCUCCCCUUGCUCUGCCAUGGCAUACCAUCACGACAGCAGGCGGAUAUUUGUGGGCCAGGAUAAUGGGGCUGUAAUGGAAUUUCACGUUUCUGAAGAUUUUAAUAAAAUGAAUUUUAUCAAGACCUAUCCAGCCCACCAGAACCGCGUGUCUGCUAUCAUCUUCAGCCUGGCUGCCGAGUGGGUGAUCAGCACUGGCCACGACAAGUGUGUGAGCUGGAUGUGCACGCGCAGCGGGAAUAUGCUUGGCCGCCACUUCUUCUCGUCGUGGGCUUCCUGCUUGCAGUAUGAUCUGGACACUCAGCACGCCUUUGUUGGCGAUUACUCGGGACAGAUCACCCUGCUGAAGCUGGAGCAGAACACUUGUUCAGUUAUCACGACCCUCAAGGGACAUGAAGGUAGCAUCGCCUGCCUUUGGUGGGACCCUAUCCAACGGUUACUCUUCUCAGGAGCAUCCGACAACAGCGUCAUCAUGUGGGACAUCGGGGGACGGAAAGGCCGGACACUCCUCCUUCAAGGCCACCAUGACAGAGUGCAGUCACUGUGCUACCUGCAGCUCACAAGGCAGCUCGUCUCCUGCUCAGCAGAUGGUGGCAUUGCAGUGUGGAACAUGGAUGUUAGCAGAGAAGAGGCUCCUCAGUGGUUAGAAAGCGACUCCUGUCAGAAGUGUGAGCAGCCCUUCUUCUGGAAUAUAAAGCAGAUGUGGGACACAAAGACGCUGGGCUUGAGGCAGCAUCACUGCAGGAAGUGUGGGCAGGCCGUCUGUGGGAAGUGCAGCAGCAAGCGGUCCAGUUACCCCGUCAUGGGCUUUGAGUUCCAGGUUCGAGUUUGUGAUUCCUGUUACGACUCCAUCAAAGAUGAGGACCGGACUUCUCUAGCAACAUUUCAUGAAGGAAAACAUAACAUUUCCCACAUGUCCAUGGACAUUGCGAGGGGACUGAUGGUGACCUGUGGGACAGAUCGAGUUGUAAAGAUAUGGGAUAUGACUCCUGUGGUGGGCUGCAGCCUGGCAACUGGAUUUUCUCCACACUGAUCCCAGAGCUGGGUGAUGUCUGCUACCCGUGAUGCCCAACAUCCUCCAUGAAUGGAGGCCCUUCAUGUAGCUCAACAGCCACUGUCGGAUAAAUGGACAUUAGACGCCUAAAAAACAAAUCCAUAUUUUUUAAAA